CUCAGUCUCUCUCUCUCUCUCUGCGCCCGGAAGACUGUCUAACUCGGCUCAUGCAGGCAUGCCAGGCAUGAACAUGGACCCGAUGACGAUGCAGAUGUACAUGAAUGGAGGUUUUCAAGGCAUGGGCAUGAACGGCAUGAACAUGAAUAUGGGCAUGGGGGGCUACGGGGGCGAACCCGAUAACUGGAACGGACAGCAGUCAUGGAAUGUCGGCCAAGAUAAUUACAAUCAUCCAAGCGCUUCUGGCAUGGGCAAUGGUGAUUAUGGCUCGUUUAACUCUGGCUUCCAGACAGGAUUCAAUCAAGGUAAUUAUGGCCAUCAGAACCAAUUCAAUGACUAUCGCCGGAACCAGUUCGGGUUCCGCGGUAGGGGUCGAGGCCGUGGUUACGGAUACGGAUAUGGCCGCGGAGGCUACCAGCACGGAUACGGCGGCGGCGGCAACUGGAAUGAGCAGGGCUACGGCGGACACCAGCAGUACCAGAACGGGCAGGGGGACUACCAGGCCGCCGGUGGCGAGGCAAACGCGGACGGCAACGUUGACGAGUUUGGACGUUCCCUCCGCGGUGACAAUGCGCAGGGAGCCAGUGGCGAGCAAGGCCAGGGGGCCGGGGAGGGCGUCCCGAGGAUCGGAAACCGGGAGCAGGGCAACGACGGUGGUGACGGCAGAGGCAGUCUGCCGCCUCCACAGCCCAACCCGGACGUGCCCCCGAACGCGCCCAAGGGCCCGAAAGCCAUGCUGCAGGGUCUCCCUAACACGAGCUAUAAGCAUCUCCAGGCUAGAGGCUGGGUGGAUGAUACCAAGCCGACGACGCCCACCGGCGCGGCCGCGCCGGGGUUCGACCGCGGUCGGUCGCGGAGUAAUUCCGUCCUCGGCUCCCACCACAACAGGUACCACAACGAGUCACAGCAUGAGAGGAGCCGGGAGCGCGACCACAGCGGUCGGGAUCGGCACCGUGAACGUGGCAGGGACAGAGACAUGGACACCAGCCGGAGUAGGAGCCGAACCAGGAGCCGAAGCCGAAGCCACAGUCGGAGCCGGAGCCGGAGCCGGAGCUACGAUCGCAAGGAGCAGCGGCGCAGCAGGCGGCAGCGGUCGUACUCGCCGUCGGGGGAUGAGGAGGACGAAAGCGGUGACGAGCGCCGCCACCACCGUUCCUCGCAUCGCAGGAAGCACUCAUCGUACGGCAACGAUGAACGCGAGUCCAAGCCUCGCCGGGACGAGCACCAAGAGGAGGGCCGGUCCAGGUCAGCGUCCCCCCCCGCGGACGACUCCCGGCGGAGCUACCGCAGCAGCCGGAAGGAGCGGGACUCGGAGAAGCGCCGUGACAGGGACCGCGAGAAAGACCGCGAGAAAGACCGCGAAAAGGACCGCGAAAAGGACCGCGACGGCCACCGCCACCGGUCACACCGGUCACAUCGCGAUCGGGAGCACGACCGGGACCGGGAUAGGGAUCGUGACCGAGAAAAGGAGCGCGACAGAACUCGGGAUCGUGACCGGGACCGCGACCGCGACCGAGACAGGGAUAGGGACCGGGACCGAGACCGUGAUCGGGAUCGGGAUCGGGAUCGAGAUCGUGAGAGGGACCGGGAUAGGGAUCGCAAAGACCGCCACCGAGACCGCGAUCGCGACAGAGACCGUGACCGCGAGCGGGAGAGGGACAGAGACAGGGACAGAGAGAGUCGGCGCGACCGCGAGAAGGACAAGGACCGGCAUCACCGCAGCAGCAAGACGACCGCGGCGGACGGUGAGGACGAACAGCCCCCCUCGGCGCUCGACAACACCGAAUCCUCUCAACACCCACGCCACCCCUCGAUCGGCUCCCGUGGCGCCCUAGGCCUCGAGAUCAAGGGCGCCGCCAGCGCGGGAACAUCAACGGCGGCGGCGGCGGCGGCGGCAGCUGGAGCCGUGGACGGCACCCGCCGCUCCUCCCUCGCCACGGCCACGCCCGCGACGGGUGCCACAGACGUGCACGCGGCGGAGCGGGCCGCGCGCGACAGGGAGCGGCUCCUACGCGAGACGCGACGCAUGGCCAGCCUGACGAGCCUGGCUGCGGCCGCGGGCGGGGCGUCCGGACUGAAGAGGUCGAGGGAGAGCCGCGAUGGCGGCGGCGGUGGCGGCGGCGUCGGCGACGAGGAACGUAAGAGCAGCCGGCGGAAGGGGAGGAGGGGGGAGGUGAUUGUCGGGGGUGAUGCCGUAGUGGCGGAUGGUGAGGCCGAGGAGGAAAGGAUGAGACGGCUGGAAGAGGAAAGAGAGCGGGCUAGAUAUGAGUGAGCCAUCGUUCCCGAGGGGGUGACGUUGGUAGGGUACCUAGGGUGGUGGUGGUCUGAUCUGCUCGUGAGCGGAGCGGAGCGGGG